AGCACCAGGAAAGGGAAUGUGAUGAGCAACUUUUUUUUGGAAGCUGCCCUGAGUAAACUUAAAGUCAAUUUGGAUUCAGAACAAGCAGUAAAGGAAGAAAAAACAGUGGAGCAACCUCCAGUGUCUGUCACUGAACCAAAGCUGGCAGCUCCCCCAGCUCUGAAGAAAUCCAGCAGAAAGUCAGAGCCUGUGAAGAUGCAGCAAAAGGGAAAAAGCAACAGGGGUAAGCGAGUAGACUUAUCUGAUGAGGAAGUGAAGGAAACUGAAAACCUGAAGAAAAAGAGGAGAAGAAUCAAGCUUCCUCAGUCUGAUAGCAGUGAAGAUGAAGUCUUUGCAGACUCUCCUGAGAUAUAUGAAGCAGACUCACCAUCUCCACCUCCUGCAUCUCCACCUCCUGAUCCUAUUCCAAAAACUGAGCCCCCUCCUGUCAAGCGUUCAAGUGGAGAAAACAAAAGAAAACGAAAGCGUGUACUAAAAUCUAAAACCUUUGUGGAUGAAGAAGGCUGCAUAGUGACUGAGAAAGUCUACGAGAGUGAGUCCUGCACAGACAGUGAGGGGGAGCUUAAGAUGAAGCCGGCCUCAGCACACAGACCUCCUGCUGCCACUGUGAAAAGGGAGCCCAGAGAAGAACGGAAGGGCCCCAGGAAAGGGGCUGCUGCUCUGGGCAAAGCCAACAGACAAGUGUCCAUUACUGGCUUCUUCCAGAAAAAGUAAAUACUGCCUCUGGAAGGACUUGGGGUGGUCAAGGGAGAAGACCAAGUAUAGACUCACUUACUGUGUAAGUUUGCCUAGCUCCUUGCCUCACCCGGAUCAAGUGCUGCUCUGCCAUCAUGGGACAUGUGUACCACUUCUGUUUUAUUUACCCAAAAGGAAGUCAUCUGGAAGCAGGAGGCAAAAGAAUAUUUUAAAAACUGUUACAUUGUAAUAAGUUUAUAAAGCACAAUCUUUGACCUGCCUAGGAGAAUUCAUUCAAGAAUUCCCUGCUGGGUCCCACUCGCCCCGUGCCAUGUUCCUCUCCUAGUCCUCUGUGUUCUGUGAACUUGUGACAAUGUUUUAUUUUAUGAAUUCUACUGGAUGAGUUCACUACUUCUCCAUGUUCCUCUCCCUACUACCAUACUUCUGUCCCCUGACCCCACAAAACUGUUUUCUGUAAAUCUUUUAAGUCUUGGUCAAAUGAGAAGCUAAAGCUAAAAUCUUCUGUAAUUCCCUAUCUCAUCAGUAUAGUAAGUGACACUCCAGUGAGUGAGGCUCCAGGCUAGGCCAGCGUAUAUUGUCCAAUCCUUUCAUCACGGAAGCUCCCUCACCCUCCCUCAUCCUCACUGGUUAGGGCAGAGCACAGAGAUGUGCUAAUGUACCCAGCCUCAGCAGAAAUGACCUAGAGUCACAUGAUGGGCAAUGACAGAGCUGUUAGGUUGCCAACAAGGGUACACACAUACUUAUGUGUGGUUUCUUUCUUCCUAAUUUCCAUACUUAAUACCUAGAGAGUGGAACCUGUAUGGUGAGAUGAAAGAUUAAAAUAAGAAAUGCUUUCUAUGCACCAGAUAAUUUCUCCCUCUCAAGGAAGUACAGUGUCCAGAAUUGUCAAUUUUCCAUUCUGGGAAGGAAGGGAGAACUUAGCACACAUUUCUACACAGAUAUUGCUUCUCUGUUUUGUCAAGUUCUUCAUUUGCCCGCAGUACAGGCUCCCUAGGAAGAGAUCGGGGACUGACUGGCUAUAGAUAGAAACAGCAAAGUAAACGUUUGCUUUUGUAGUUGUGUCCUGAUAAUAACAUUCAGUCACCUUCCAUUCUGGCCAGGCAGGAGGUGAGCCCAUCCAUGUUGUGUGGCAGUGGCUUUGUACACUGAGCUGUAGGGAAGGGAACACAGACUCCAUUGCUGGUGUGAUUCACCCAGGGGGGGGGGAUGAGGGGUGUCUGCCCCAGCCCUUCCACUGAGGGCUGGCUUGUGUCAUAAGAUGUAAUCAGUUGCCUACUAUUGAAGGUUGGGGUUCAGGCUGACCUUGGAAUUUGCACAGCUGCUUUAACAAGCAAGCAUGGGCUUGAUGGAGAUGAGUUCUGGCCUUACGUUGAGAACUUGAGGCAGAUGCUUUGUCCAUCAAGCUGAGUAAGGGUUGGUGUACUCCAAAACCUUUUUUUUUUUUUAAGUAGAAAAGAGUGGAAUGCCUGGACUUAAGCUUACACGAAGCCUCUGGAGAAGAAUCCCCUGUUUUCAGUGGUUAUUUUUGUCAUUGCCUCUAGUCAUUUUUUAAAUGGGAAUGGAAAAGUAGAAGGCAAGCAUCCAGUCUUUAAAAAAUCUGAUUAUGGUGGGAUUUCUAAUAAAACCAAAUUUGAAUUGGAGCUCCAGUGCAAGUUGGAGUUGCAUCCUUCAAGGAAGAAUGCAAAUCUCUGAUUUCUGUACCCAGCAUGCCACCUAGGUUCUUCUGAGCUGCCUGCAAAGCUAAGCAGGCAUUGAGUGGUGGCUUUUCUCUCCAGUCUACAUAGUGCUCAACCAGGCUACCCAUGAAUUAGAUAAAUUCAAGAAGCUGUUUUGAAACAGAGCUUCAAACUGAAAUGCUGACCAGGAACAGGCUGGUUUUCAGUUUAUGUUGUUAAAAGCACAUACCCAUGGUCUGAAAUGGACAAGUUGUUUGCCAUAUCUUCAUCUUUUUAGUCCUGUGGGAAAUCUUAGUUUUAGCCAACCUUACUUUUCAGUUCAUUAGGAGGAAAAUCUAGUCCUGAUCUUGCAUUCUGUAUUGGUUUGGCUUUAUCCCUUGCUGCCUGGGUGAUGUUGGGCAAAUUUCUGUCUUUGGUUCCCUAACAAAGUUGAACUAAAAUAAGCCACUCGGUA